AUGGCAGAAGUUGCUCCAGCUCCCGCCGCAGCCGCCCCGGCUAAAGCUCCCAAGAAGAAACAAGCAAGCAAGCCCAAAAGAGUUGGGCCCAGCGUUGGAGAAAUGAUCGUUAAGGCAAUGUCUGCUUCCAAGGAGAGGAGCGGUGUGUCACUGGCUGCCUUGAAGAAAGCUUUGGUCGCCAGUGGCUACGACGUGGAGAAAAACAACUCGCGGUUAAAGCUGACCGUUAAAAGCCUGGUGACCAAGGGGACCUUGCUUCAGACUAAGGGGACCGGUGCCUCUGGCUCGUUUAAGCUUAACAAGAAGCAGGCGGUUGAAAAGAAGAAGCUUGCCAAGAAAGCAACCCCGAAGGUUAAGAAGGCCGCAGUGGCCAAAAAGGCGGUAGCAAAGAAGCCUGUGGUGAAAAAGUCGCUGAAGAAGCCCGCUAAACCUAAAGCGAACAAGAGCCCGAAGAAGGUCAAGAAGACGACAGUGGCUAAGAAGCCAGCAAAGAGUCCGAAGAAAGCCAAGAAGCCAGCAACGGCGGCGAAGAAGGUGACCAAGAGUCCGAAGAAAACGAAGGCAGCCAAGCCAAAAGUUGCUAAAGCCAAGAGCGUCAAAGCCAAGAAAACCGCUCCCAAGAAAAAGUGA